CAACGCAAAAGUUCCACCCACUAAAAUAAGACGCCGCGAGUCAUCGAGGGAGAUGUGGUGCGUGCCUUCCUCUCCUGCGGCUCUGGGCAGCGAGCAGUGGUGGCCGCGGGAUCCCCCGCCUCCUCCUCCCGGAUCCGGCGACGAAGAUUAAUUGAAAAGCUUUGGUAAGAUGGGUCGUGGUGUUAGUAGUGGAGGUGGUCAGAGUUCCUUGGGCUAUCUCUUUGGCAGUGACGAAGCUCCAAAAUCAGCUGAGAAGCCUGCACCCCAAAAGCCAGCUCCUCCAUCUUCUGCAGAGAAACUAAAAGAUAUCCCUGCUGGUAUUCAAAGUAGUAAAUCAAACAAUUACAUAAGAGCUGAAGGCCAGAACUGUGGAAAUUUCCUUACGGACCGGCCAUCAACCAAGGUACAAGCUGCUCCAGGUGGUGGCUCUUCACUCGAUUAUCUUUUCAGUGGCAGCAAGGAUGGCAAGUGAUGGGCUCCUUAAAAAGAAAAAGAAUCUUGUAUUCCCAUGAGUAACUAUCAAACUGCUCAUGGUCGUAUCUGUGUCGUUGGGAUUGCUUGUAUGUGUGCAUGUGUUUGUGUGUGCCGUGUGUUGAUCCACAGCUACUGGUACUAAGAGCUUCUAUCCCUGUUGAUGGAACUGGGCGUUAUGCCAAUGUUGACAUUAUCGUGGGUGAUGCUAUUAUGUAUAAACCUGUUCCAAGUUGUGGCGUAUUGGAUAUGUGUAUUGUUUAAUGCAUAUUGUUGUAGGAAGAAUCAUCCAGCAGAGUUCUGUUCAA